CAGCGCUGCAGAUCCCAGUGCUCUGACAUGCGGGCCGAAUGCAGGUGAGGAAAGGCACAGACUCUGCGGCUGCGAACCCAAACUUGGGCACCGCGCGGUGCGCACUGCUCAGCCUUCACCCCCGCGGGCGAAAGGCUGCUGCGGUUUCAGGCGGCGGCUUCGUGACUAAUGACCUUGCGCAGAGUUGUUAAGAAAAAAAGAGAAACCCGAGCUCUCUGGGGUGAGAAGGGACUGACUAUCUGGGCGUCCCUGAAGAUGGCUCUGGCUGCUCUUCCGCGCGCGGGGGGAACCCUGAAGCGGACCGCUGUGUGACUCGUGUCGUCUCCACUGCACGGUGCCCGAAGCGACCUGCCGGGAUUUUUCAUUCUCGAUCUGUUGAUUGGCUCCGCCGCUGCCUGAGCGGAGUCGGAGUUGAGACUGGCUUGUUGCUAGCCCUAGCACCUCGUGCAGGAAGCGACUCACGUUUGCCGGGGCAGCCGGAGCAGAAGCUGGGUCUGGAGUGAGUGGCUGGAACGUGAAUUGGACGCAACUCGAGUAGCAGCAAAGACGAGCGGGGUUGGCAGGCGGGGAGGCUGCAGGCUCGCUCCCCGCUGCUUCCCGGCUCCACCGCCGGCCUGACAGACCGGUUCCGGCCCCAUCCGACAGAGCGGGGACGGGAGCCCGGGAUCCUCUGCGCGUUGCGGUGAUGACUCUGCGGGGGCGGGGGGCGGGCUCCGAGUCCGCGGCGCUCAGUGUCCCGUGAACUGUGAGUACUGCGACUGAACGGCGGCUGGCGAGCGGGCGAUUAGCACCCAUUGCAUGAAUUAUGAAACAAUAACUUUAGGAGGAAGCAGGAGGAAAAAAAAGAAGGAUCUUUCGCUGGUCCCCCCUGGCCGACUCUGGACGUUGCUCUUGCCCCCUCCCUUUUCUCCCUCUCGCUUCUUCCCUUCACAGAGAGGGGAGAGGACUGGGAGGAGGGCAGGCGACCGGCCCCGGAGCAGGGGGGCGUCUAGGGGGCCGUGAUUAGAAGGAGCAGUAGCAGCAGCAGCAGGAGAAGAUGCUGAGGAUGCGGACCAUGGGAUGGGCGCGCGCCUGGUGCCUGGGCUGCUGUCUCCUCUUGCCGCUCUCGGUAAGCCUGGCGGCCGCCAAGCAACUCCUCCGGUACCGACUGGCCGAGGAGGGCCCAGCAGACGUCCGCAUCGGCAACGUCGCUUCGGACUUGGGCAUCGUGACCGGCUCCGGUGAGGUGACUUUCAGCCUCGAGUCGGGCUCGGAGUACCUGAAGAUCGACAACCUCACCGGCGAGCUGAGUACCAGCGAGCGGCGCAUCGACCGCGAGAAGCUACCCCAGUGUCAGAUGAUCUUCGACGAAAACGAGUGCUUCCUGGACUUCGAGGUAUCGGUGAUCGGGCCCUCGCAGAGCUGGGUGGACCUGUUCGAGGGUCGGGUCAUCGUGCUCGACAUCAACGACAACACGCCCACCUUCCCGUCGCCCGUGCUCACGCUCACGGUGGAGGAGAACCGGCCAGUGGGCACUCUCUACCUGCUGCCCACUGCCACCGACCGUGAUUUCGGCCGCAACGGCAUCGAACGCUACGAGCUGCUUCAGGAACCCGGGGGCGGCAGCAGCGGCGGCGAGGGCCGGCGCGCCGGGCCUGCAGACAGCGCCCCCUACCCCGGGGGCGGCGGGAACGGCGCGAGCGGCGGCGGCCCGGGUGGUUCCAAGAGGCGGCUGGACGCACCAGAGGGCGGCGGCGGGACCAGCACCGGCGGCCGCAGCAGCGUGUUCGAACUGCAGGUGGCUGACACCCCGGAUGGCGAAAAGCAGCCGCAGCUGAUCGUGAAGGGGGCGCUGGACCGCGAACAGCGAGACUCCUACGAGUUGACCCUGCGUGUACGCGACGGUGGCGACCCGCCUCGCUCCUCCCAGGCCAUCCUGCGGGUACUUAUCACAGACGUGAACGACAACAGUCCCCGCUUCGAGAAGAGCGUGUACGAGGCUGACCUGGCGGAGAACAGCGCCCCGGGGACCCCCAUCCUGCAGCUGCGUGCCGCCGACCUGGACGUGGGGGUCAACGGGCAGAUCGAGUACGUGUUCGGGGCGGCUACCGAGUCCGUGCGGCGCCUGCUGCGCCUCGACGAGACGUCCGGCUGGCUCAGUGUCCUGCACCGUAUCGACCGCGAGGAAGUGAACCAGCUGCGCUUCACCGUCAUGGCCCGCGAUCGCGGGCAGCCCCCCAAGACCGACAAGGCCACGGUGGUCCUUAAUAUCAAGGACGAGAACGACAAUGUGCCGUCCAUUGAAAUCCGCAAGAUCGGGCGUAUCCCACUAAAGGACGGGGUGGCCAACGUGGCCGAGGACGUUCUGGUCGACACUCCCAUCGCCCUGGUACAGGUGUCUGACCGAGACCAAGGCGAGAACGGAGUGGUCACCUGCACCGUGGUGGGCGAUGUGCCCUUCCAACUCAAGCCGGCCAGUGACACAGAGGGCGACCAGAACAAGAAAAAGUACUUCCUGCACACCUCGGCCCCUUUGGACUAUGAGACCACCCGGGAGUUCAACGUGGUCAUAGUGGCGGUGGACUCGGGCAGUCCCAGCCUCUCCAGCAACAACUCCCUGAUUGUCAAGGUGGGAGACACCAAUGACAACCCGCCCGUCUUCGGUCAGUCGGUGGUGGAGGUAUAUUUUCCCGAGAACAACAUCCCUGGCGAGAGGGUAGCCACGGUGCUGGCGACAGACGCAGACAGCGGGAAAAACGCUGAAAUCGCCUACUCGCUGGACUCUUCCGUGAUGGGGAUCUUUGCCAUCGACCCAGAUUCUGGGGACGUCCUCGUCAAUACGGUGCUGGACCGCGAGCAGACUGACAGGUAUGAGUUUAAAGUUAACGCCAAAGACAAAGGCAUCCCGGUGCUACAGGGCAGCACCACAGUGAUUGUGCAGGUGGCUGACAAGAAUGACAAUGACCCUAAGUUUAUGCAGGACGUCUUUACCUUUUAUGUGAAAGAAAACUUGCAGCCCAACAGUCCCGUGGGAAUGGUCACAGUGAUGGAUGCUGACAAGGGGCGCAAUGCGGAGAUGAGUCUGUACAUAGAGGAGAACAGUAACAUUUUUUCCAUUGAAAAUGACACGGGGACCAUUUACUCCACAAUGUCUUUUGACCGGGAACAUCAGACCACAUACACAUUCAGAGUCAAGGCUGUGGAUGGGGGAGAUCCUCCCAGAUCCGCAACAGCUACAGUCUCUCUCUUUGUGAUGGAUGAGAAUGACAAUGCCCCCACAGUUACCCUUCCCAGAAACGUUUCCUACACUUUACUGCCACCUUCAAGUAAUGUCAGGACAGUAGUAGCUACGGUGUUGGCAACAGACAGCGAUGAUGGCAUCAAUGCAGACCUUAACUACAGCAUUGUGGGAGGGAAUCCCUUCAAGCUGUUUGAGAUUGAUUCCACCAGUGGUGUGGUUUCCUUAGUGGGAAAACUCACCCAAAAGCAUUAUGGCUUGCACAGAUUGGUGGUGCAAGUGAAUGAUAGUGGGCAGCCUUCCCAGUCUACCACGACUCUGGUGCAUGUGUUUGUCAAUGAAAGUGUUUCUAAUGCAACUGUGAUUGACUCCCAGAUAGCCAGAAGUUUGCACACCCCACUCACCCAGGAUAUAGCCGGUGACCCAAGCUAUGAAAUAAGCAAACAGAGACUCAGUAUUGUCAUUGGGGUUGUUGCUGGAAUUAUGACGGUGAUUCUAAUCAUCUUAAUUGUAGUGAUGGCAAGAUAUUGCCGGUCCAAAAAUAAAAAUGGCUAUGAAGCCGGCAAAAAAGAUCACGAAGACUUUUUUACACCGCAACAGCAUGACAAAUCUAAAAAGCCUAAAAAGGACAAGAGAAACAAAAAAUCUAAGCAGCCUCUCUACAGCAGCAUUGUCACUGUAGAAGCUUCUAAACCAAAUGGACAGAGGUAUGAUAGUGUCAAUGAGAAGCUGUCAGACAGCCCAAGCAUGGGCCGAUACCGAUCAGUUAACGGUGGGCCUGGCAGUCCUGACCUGGCCAGGCAUUACAAAUCUAGUUCCCCAUUGCCUACUGUCCAGCUUCACCCCCAAUCACCAACUGCAGGAAAAAAACACCAGGCCGUACAAGAUCUACCACCAGCUAACACAUUUGUGGGAGCAGGAGACAACAUUUCAAUUGGAUCAGAUCACUGCUCUGAGUACAGCUGUCAAACCAAUAACAAGUACAGCAAACAGGUGGAUACAGUGCAGACCACGAAACCCCCUGGCCACAUUGAGGAAUCGUGUAAAAUGAAUGUAUGUGCUCGUAAGUGAAAUACAUGUAAUGUUCCAACUCAAUGUGUUGGAUCGUAAUAGACCUGGAUUUGUCUUGUGUAAAAAGAAAUCGAUUCCCAAGGGGCAGGACCACUAGCUGAUUAAAAUGAAGCUCUGAUUUUGAAGAAAACAAAAAUGGCUUUAAAUUACAAUCUCUGCAAAAAGGAAUCAAACUAUAAUUUGCAACCAACUGAAAAAGAAAAUCAAGCUCUCAUACGGAAUAAAGAAGGGAUGUGAGAGAGGUUUUGCAAUCUUAUCAAUUACUGUGCAGAAACAGAAUGAAAUAUCAUCAUACUCAAGAGUAUGAAAAUAACAGAAAAUCCCUUUCCUUCAGUUUGCACUUGAAUGGACUCAAGCAAAGAAUGGAGAUCUGUAUCCUGUUACUGUUUAUGGUUAAUAAGGUGGAGAUUAAUAUAGAUGUGAUUUCAUUUGUCUUGCUUGAACUAAUUGGAUGCAUUAUGUAGAAAUCACCUGAGGCUGUGCUAGAUCAACAAAGAAAAUGGAAGGAUAUACCUCAGGACUGAAUUCCGCGAAAAUUAGAUUGUUCAAGGCUAUUUCAUAAGGCACAAAGAAGAAAUACUACUGCCAAUCAGGGAAAGUGAGAAACUAGUGGACAUGAGAGAAAAUAAAAUUCAGGUCAGUCUGAUACUUGUUGAAACAUAAUUUAUUAUGAUGUAAAAGUAGAAGCUCACAAUAUAUCUCACAGAUACUUUACACAAUUUCUGAUUGAAUUUAGGGUAAACUCUGUAAGUGUUAAAGGAAUGUAUGGCCAUUAUUUAAUAGGAAACUGGCUUUUAAAAUUUGUGGUCCUAUGCAUUUAUGUAUGCAGAGGAGGGCUUUUUAGAUUUUGUUAAAAAUGAAUUGCAUGCAGGAAGCACCUCUUUGCAUUAUAGUUACUUACUCUACUGAAGAUACUGUAUAAAGUAUAAUUUUUGUAUGGGUGUGAGUGUAUACGUAUGCAUUUGUGUGUGUGUGUAUAAGUGGGAGGAGGUAAAAUUUAAUGAUUGACAUUUGCACUUUGGUUUGUUACCUAGAAUGUAAAGAGGUGAGUAAACCGUCUUAAGCCAUUUCGUAUGUGCCAUGAUCAUUAUUAAAAAUUAUUAUUCACAAAGGAAACAAUUCUGAAGAUAGAAUGACUACUGCAAAGGUUCUCCAAUUAAGUAUGAUAUUUAAUGCAAUUGAGCCAUUUAAAUUAAAAUGGUACCACUGUCUGGAAAUAAUAAAGAGUAGGCUCUUGUGAAAUCAGUUUGAAGACAGUUGGAAAGUCAUACUAUAUUCCUUAAGGUCUCCACUCAGUGACAGAGAAUGUGAAUCACAGAUUCUCUUAGAAUAGAUGAGACUGGGGAAAUAUUUGUGGUCUAACUAUAACUUUUUAACCUACCAAUAAGUUACAUAUGUUUUUUCCCCAUUUUUCUUCAGUGUAAAUUAUAUAACAAGUGAUCAUAUAUUAACAUAGAAAAAUAGUAAGUAUUUAAAACAGAUUGACAUAUUUUUUGAGGUCACCAUGUGCCAUAAUAAUUUUGAAACUAUUGUUCUCUGGUAUUUGUAUUCAUUUCUCUUUAUCUUACCCUUUAACUUUAUAGUUGAAAUUUUUACCUUUUCUUUCUACGUGACAAUCAACUGAAGCUGGUACCCUAUCUAUAUUAUUGCAGGGAUUUUUGUCUUUAUUUAUGCUAUUAUAAUAAAUUAUAAGUCUACAAACUGUAUAAUUCUAUUGUAUUGAAUAUUUUUCUGUGACCAAAAUAAUAAAAAAGGCUACUUUAUAAAA